GGGGUGCCCCCGGGGUUUAGUAGGUGCGCCCUGUGAGUGUGACACCCCGCCCCCCGGCCCCCACCCCAGGAGCUGCGGGAAAGCCGGUGCGGGAGCUACGCCCCCGAGGACCAAGCCGGAAGCCCCACCCGACCUCGCUUGGGAGCGGCGGUUUGCAGCGUGCCCUUGUUUCCGCGUUGCUAGGAGACGCGGCCGGCGCGCGCCCCGGGAGCGCGGGAAGGGGGCGGGGCCGCGGCGGGCGCGGGCUGCGGGCCGCGGAGCACCGUUAGGGCGGCUUGGCGCGCAGCGCCCGCCCGGCGCCCGGAGGAGCGGCGAGUCUCCGCCGCCACCGCGCACGUCUCGCUGGUGCCCUGCGGCCGCUGUCAGCCGACUCCUGAGCCGCUGUGAGCGUCGCUGAGCCCGGACGAGGGAAGGAUGGACAGCAAUCUUGUAGCUGGAUUCCCCUAAGAGGAGACGUUCCGAAGCGCUAAAAAGAAAGCAUUUCAAUUUGGAACAUUUAUUUACAGCUGGAAAUGGGGAAUGGACUGUCAGACCAGACUUCUAUCCUGUCCAGCUUGCCUUCGUUUCAGUCCUUCCACAUCGUUAUUCUGGGUUUGGACUGUGCUGGGAAGACAACUGUAUUAUACAGGCUGCAGUUCAAUGAGUUUGUAAAUACCGUACCUACCAAAGGAUUUAACACUGAAAAAAUUAAGGUAACCUUGGGAAAUUCUAAAACAGUCACUUUUCACUUCUGGGAUGUAGGUGGUCAGGAGAAAUUAAGGCCACUGUGGAAGUCAUAUACCAGAUGCACAGAUGGCAUUGUGUUUGUCGUGGACUCUGUUGAUGUUGAAAGAAUGGAAGAAGCCAAAACAGAACUUCAUAAAAUAACCAGGAUAUCAGAAAAUCAAGGAGUACCCGUGCUUAUAGUUGCUAACAAACAAGAUUUGAGGAACUCCUUGUCUCUGACAGAAAUUGAGAAAUUGUUAGCAAUGGGUGAACUGAGUUCAUCAACUCCAUGGCAUUUGCAGCCUACCUGUGCAAUCAUAGGAGAUGGACUAAAGGAAGGUCUUGAGAAACUACAUGAUAUGAUAAUUAAACGAAGAAAAAUGUUGCGGCAGCAAAAAAAGAAAAGAUGAAUGGUGCAACCUUUUACAUCUGUGUCGAGUCGGUUUUCUCUGGUCUGCUUUUGACAAAUGGAAGAAUGUCUACAGCCUGGUUUGCCUGUCUGCCGUUCUGGAUGCUGUUCAAGCUUUGUUUUGUUGAACAAUCAGAUGCCCAACUCUGUUGCCUUGUGGAAGAUGAGUAAACGCACUGCUUCUGAAAAUGGUCUCCUCCCUACCCGACAGAUCUUUUGGUACUACCAUUUUGGGAAGCCGAACAAGGAUAGUUAAAUUGACCUGACAACAGUUGUGGAAAUUGACCUGAAGUUAGUGAAAUAAAACUUUGAAGAGUGUCUGCCUAGUGUUUUGUGCUUAAAUCUUUUGGGGGGAAGUCUUUGCAAGGAAAUUGCUACAAGGCUCUGUAUGUUAAGAUAAAAUGUUAAUGAAUGGAAAUGUUAUGGUAGAUCAAUAAUAUAUAUUCAGUACAAUGAUCACAGUGCUUCAGCUAAUAAGGGACAAGAAGAACAUGUUUUUGUUUUUAUUUUUUUAAGUUUUGGCCAAAAAGAAUUUUGACAGUCUAGAAUAAAACACAAUACUGUAUCUCAGUUCUAAAUUGUUCAAGUUGGUCUAAUUUAAUAAAAAUAAGAUGUUCGGAGCAUAUUCAAGUGCAUGGAUUAGCUUCCCUACAAAGCAUGUUUUGGUGUGUAGUCUUACCCUUUUUAGAAAUAGCUAUGCAUCUUUCUACACAAUCAGGUUUAAAACACCUUUGUGGGAUUUAAGGCUGCUAUAGAAAUAGUUUGUUGUCAGAGACGCUUUCACCUGAAGAACCUAAAAUAGUCUUAAAUUAUAUAGUAUAUUUGGGCAUGUAGACUAUAAAUGCGUAUGCUUGGCUAUAUGUAUGAAUUUAUCAAGAAAGCAAUGGAUGAACUCGGUCAGGAUAUAAUUAUAAUACAUGGUCUAUUCAGUUGUAAAAUAUUUGUUUUAUUAAUAAUCUGCUGGCUGAACACAUGCGGUUUUUUCAUAUAUUUUUGUAAUGUUUUGAGAGGAACAAAAGCUUUAUAAACAACAUCCGAUGCACUGUGGAAUGGAGAUGUUAGAUACCCUGUAUGUGUUCUGGGCUUUAAUUAUUUUGUUUACAAAUUGAACAGUAUUAUACAGUCCAGUCCUGAUUAUAAGGAAGGAAGAAAUGAUACAGUAUUGCAGAUAAGAAUUACAAUUACGGAAAAUGAAGGGGAAAGUAUCAAAGCUAUGUUUUGUGAAAAUUCACUGCUGCUGUUUACAUAGGAAUUAAAAAGAAACCGUGCUGGAAGGAGGAAAACCUUUAUCUAAUUCUUAUCUACAGGCAGAUUUUCAGUUAUAAAUUAGUAACGAUUUCUAUGUGUAAAGCCAACAGCUCUUUAUUUGGAACGUAACCAAAAGAAAAGCUCUUUGCCAGGUUUUGUUUUCCUUCUUUUUUUUUUUCCUGCUUUUUUUUUUUUUUUUUGUAAGUGGCACAGCAGAGUUUUUGGAACCUUGAUUCUUGUUACACACAACAUGAAGUAGCUUCCUGUGGAGCUUCACGUGUUAAAUGUACCUGCACUAGUGACAGUCACUUAGAAUGUUUAUAUUUACAGAAAUGUGGAUAAAUACCAAUAAACUACUUGAGGCACUAGGAGAA